AUGAUUAGUGAAUUUACCUUAUCACUUUCAACAAUAAGAAAAACAACUCAAAGUAAUGCUUUAUUCUCUGGAGAACUGACUAAUUAUUAUCUUUAUCAAUCAAGCAGUAGUAUCUAUACAAUUUCAUAUCCAUCUUUUUAUGAUAAUUGUAGCUGUGGUUCUUCAGCUACAUGCACAUUUCAAUCAAGGAUUCUGGACUAUUAUAGCGGUACAUUAUAUUUAUAUGUACCAGGUAUUUAUAUUGGAUGUUAUAUUAUUGAGUCAUUACUUCAAUCUGACCUACGAUGCUUUUAUAAUCAGAGUUGUAUAGAUGAAUUACAGCCAUUUUUAGCAUCAUCUACACGAAUGAAUGUAUCAGCACUUGAUAAAUCAUUGUUAGUUCAAUUUGUGGAAAACUCGACAAUUCAAGAGGUGAUGGAUGAAUUAAUGAUUGAAACAUGGAACUCAUCAAUAAUGUAUGAUAGUUAUUAUGAUGAAUGUCAACCAUCACAAUGUAUUUAUACUGUUGAGACAAAGAAUGGUGCAAUAUAUAUUAUCACAACAUUAAUUGGACUAGUUGGUGGUUUGAUAACAGUUUUGAAACUGAUUGUGCCACGCCUUGUCAAAAAAUAUUUUUAUGGUCGAUUCACAUAG